ACCCUCCAACUUCUCCCUUUUUACUGUCAACAGAAAAAGAAGAAGCAGAAAGAAGGAGAAGAAGAAGAAAUCCUUCCAUACUUACAUAUUCCAAAGCUUCCAAAGGUGAAGAUUCUCCUUCUUCUUCUAAAGGGAAAAUGGACAGGCUAAACUCGAAGCUGUACCUGGAGAACUGCUAUAUCAUGGCAGAAAAUGAGAGGCUGAGGAAGAAAGCUGAGCUUCUGAACCAAGAAAAUCAAGAACUGUUGAAUGAGCUGAAGCACAGGCUUUCACAGGGCAACAAUGGAGGUGGAAACAGCAGCAAUCCCAGAGGGAAAAACUCCAGUAAUUCUGCAGCUUCUUCCAAGUCCAAAUCCAGCAAGAAGUGAAAGUGAAAAAACACCAAAUUUCCCCAGAAACCAACUAGCUGUUUAGGAUCAUCAUCAAUUGGCUUUUUAUUUUCUGAUUCUGAUCUUCUGGGGAAGUUCUUUAGGAGGUAUAGGAAGGAAUCAAACCAACCAAAACAAAAAGGUAGUUUUUAUGGUUAUUAUUAUUAUUGGUCUGGCAGUUUUUUGAUCCAUGUUAGGACAAUAUAUAUAUAUAUGUAGUUUAUGAUGUUCUUCUGUUCUUGUUCCCUGUUUUUGGAGUCUCAUGCUCUUCAAUUCUGUCAAUCUCUCAGCUAGAAAGAAAUAUAUAUCACUGUACUAUAUUAUCCUUCA